UUUACAAAUGGCGUGCGUGGUAAACAUGUUCGCAGUUUCUGUCGAGAAUUAUAACUAAGAGGGUGAAAAACAAACGUUUAUGAACUGCUUUAUUAUUUAACGACACAGAUAAUUGAGAUCUUAAGGGGAUUCAGCUUUAUUGAACUGGUUAAGUAGGAUUUGAUAUUAAGCUAUGAAAUAUGUGAUUUUCGGAUGGUCCUAAAUAAAAUAGGGAGUCAUAUUAAUGCUUUUUGCGUCGUUCGGCAUAAUUAUUGAUAAGAUUUGAUUAUUUGUGCAAGAUAACAUAACUAACCUCGAGUGCAUUUAUUUCGGCAUCCAAAGGACAGCACACAGUUUGUAACAUUUCUGAUCGACUCGCGUGAGUUCAGGGUUAUUAUAUAUGAUCAAGAUGUCUCAGUGUCACAUACUGGAACAAACACAGGACAAUGCAGUUGCUGAUAUUCCUUUAGAUUUAGACAAUAAUCGCAGAGCAUCUUUGUCUGACAUUUUCUUCUCAAAUUCUGGACAAGAAUCACCAGUUCUAGGGAAAACGGAUUUAGAAUUAGGGGAAGUGUCUGUGAAUCAUGUAAUUUCGAAGAUGGCCAUCAAAACACUGCCAGAUAGCUCACCGAUGAUGGAGACUUCUGACAUGCCAGUAAUGCUGACACAAGUUGCACUGUCAGUAAAUGCAUCACAGCAAGAAUUUUCCCUGUCCAAUAUUUUGGAUGUACUUAAAACAUCUGAACAAAAUACAUGUAAUGACUUUGAAGAUGAUGCUCCAAGUUUUAUGUCAUCAACACUUCAGAAAAAUAACAGUGAAGACUCUGAAGAUGAAUUUUGUUUUGACAUCCCAGAGAAAGUGAAGGCUGUCAAUAUUUUAUCAGAGAUGACAAGAAGAGAUUCUGGUGAUUGGAACCAAGUUAAAGUGCCAGUGCAUUUUGAGACAAAACCAGAAGGAAGUUUGUUUCUAAAGACUGAAAAUGGUGCAAAAACAUUUUCUUUACCUGAAAUUAUGCAUAAAACUGUUGUCCCAUCUGAACCUGAGGAAAAACUGACAGAGAUUUUUAAACCUGCAGUUGAAGCUAAUCAGCAGACAUGCUUCUUUAAAACUGAUGUCAAGAAAGAUGCAACACAUGAGCAUAUCAUUACAAGCAGUGCCUCAGACUGGGAUAAUGUUGAGACUGUGGAAGCAGGGUUCAGUGAUAUGCAGUCAGGAAAAGGAGAACCUGCAGGACAUACUGUACCCCUUCUUUCAUUUUCUGAGGCAUGGACACAUUUCUGUAAUGCAGACAACUCAGAGGCAAAGAGCCGAAUCAGACAGAAAGUAGAGAGGCGUGGUAUUUCUGCCAUUAUUCAUUCCCUAUUUGGCCCUCCAAAACUGCAACGCAACUUGCAUCGAGAGAGAGAACUGGUAUUUUGUGCUGCAGCCACUUCUUUAGACAACCAAAACACUCAUCAUGUUCAUUGUCUGCAAACCACAUACUGCAUCCUUACAGGAUCAUGCUUCAGUUGUAAGCGCUUUGGUUCACACUGGGAGGAGAUUGGAUUUCAAGGUCAUGAUCCAGCAACAGACUUGCGUGGUACAGGAAUGCUGGGAUUGUUGCAACUUUUGUAUUUGCUACAAGACAGCACCACAGCACAACUGGCUCGUGGCUUGUAUCAACUCUCACAUCAUCCUAUACAGAAUUUUCCUUUCUGUGUGAUGUGUAUCAACAUAUCAAGGAUCUGUUUACAGGCCCUUCGGGAAGAUAUUUUGAACAGGGAAUGCAACAAACAGCAGGCUGUGAUGACAGUUGUCAAUCAACUUUAUGCUGGUGCUUUGCUUUACUUGUACCAUAUUUGGAAAAAAGGGAAAACCAUCCGUGAUUCUGGUUUCGUUAUCAAAGAGAUUGAGACACGGACGAGAAAGCAUGCAAAGGAAGUCCUUCGAGAUCUUAAGAACUACACCACCUCUUCGAAAGCAGUGGACAAUUUGGAGGAAAUUAACUUUUUCAGUGUUGUCAAUUCAAACACCUGAGCACCAUGUAGUGAUAUAUCGGUUGUUUGAUGAUUUCAGCAAUCUUAUUUCAUUGUUUGAGAUUUCUAUGUGUUAAUUUAAGGAUUAGCAUAGUAUUGUUACCAGAGCAGUCAUGGAUAUGGCAUGUGUCUGUGCAUGCAUCGUGUAAGCUGAACUGUCUGCCCACAAGAUUCAACAACCAACUGUAUAAGGCACUACAGAGCUUGGAUUACUGCACUAAAGAGGCUGUUCAUGAUUCAUGCAAGAUUUAUGUCAGUGUUUGUAUUUUCACUUAUUACAAUGUUAGAAAUCACAAUUAGAACAUGUGAGACAUUUGUGCACAUAUGCAGAUAGGGACAGUAUUUUUCUUUACUUGAUAAUCAAUUUAUCAAGAAAUGUACGCAUUGUACUAUAGCUUAUGGUCUUUGCAAUGUAUUCACUUUCAUGUUUGACUUAUGCUUCUAACUUACGAGUACUCUGAAAUUAUCUCCACGGAAAAAAUAAUGGGAAUUAGACGUUAACUAUGUCUAUUAUAGCACAGGUAACUAUAACUGUGGCUAUUAUAGCAUAUAGUUAUGAGGGUUUUUCCCAGGAUUUCAGUAUGUGAACUUUCAGCAGAUGCAGAAUGUAAAGCACUAUAAUGUUUUUAUCAUAUUUUGAUUAUGGUCAUUUGUGAUAUUUUAAAAAAUGUUUAGUUACACAAAGUCACCUUUACAAAAUCUAUUACGAAUACUGUGAAGGUUGUGCUUAACUAAAUCAAGUAUGUCGGCAAAGCAUAAAUUAUAAAUUAAGUUUUGUGAUGAUUGUCAUAAACAUGUCACCUGCACACAGCAUCCUCAAAGAUAAAGUUCUGAAGCGUAUGCAUGUUAUUAGAAGCCAAGGGGUCACUGCUGCUCUUUCACACUGCCCACCAUUGAUCAUUAGAAUGUUUUAAACACCUAUUUAAACUGUACAUGUGUAUCUCUGACGUUCUCUUUACAGGUAAAGAAUGAUGACAAUUAUUAGAGAUUAGGAAAAAAAAAAAGAUUGCAGAAGGCAUUCAUUCAGACUCUUCCAUACUACUUCAUAGUUUGAAAUAGUGUUCAAAAAUUAUUUAUUGACAAGGCAUUCAUUCAAUCAAGUGAUUUCAUGUCUUUUGUUUUCAACGUCUUCUUAUGAGCAGUCAAAUAAUAGGGAUUCACUUCUUAACCCUCUUAGUGCGAUGGGCCACAAUCGUGGCUUUGUCAGGAAGCACAGGGAAUGCUAUUUUCAUUAUUUUUAAUCUCAAAGUUCCAGUUUUCUCCUUUCCAAAAAUGUACAGGUUUCUUGGUGUAAUGUUAACCUCAGAGCAGCAAUGAUACAAAAACUAAUUUCACCCACUGUUGUCUUCACAGUCUUCAGUUAAAAGUCAGUUACUGUAAUGUUAUAUUUUUUUGCGGUACUAAGAGGGUUAAGAACAUUACCAUUGUGAACAU